AUUGCACGGGCACGCGCACGCCGCGGCCUCGAGCACGCCGCCGCCCUCGUCGCAGUAAACGCGGCCGCUCCGGCUGGCCUUGGGGGCGGGGCUGUAGAGGAACGUGCCAAAGCCGCGGAGUGCAGUGAGAAUUCUACUAGAGAGGAAAUGGCUGCCUCUUCAUCAUCCUCCUCAGCCGGUGGGGUCAGUGGAAGUUCUGUCACUGGAUCUGGUUUCAGUGUCUCAGACCUUGCCCCACCACGGAAAGCCCUUUUCACCUACCCCAAAGGAGCUGGAGAGAUGUUAGAAGAUGGCUCUGAGAGAUUCCUCUGUGAAUCCGUUUUCAGCUAUCAAGUGGCGUCUACGCUUAAACAGGUGAAACAUGAUCAGCAAGUUGCUCGGAUGGAAAAACUAGCUGGUCUGGUAGAAGAGCUGGAGGCAGAUGAGUGGCGAUAUAAACCCAUCGAGCAGCUGCUGGGGUUCACACCCUCUUCAGGUUGACCUUGCCUGGACAGUCACCUCUGGGGCACAGCAAGUGCAGGUCCAGUGAGGAACUUUUCUUACAGCUUACAUAGCCAUCCAGAGAUUCACAGCUCCAUCACUGAAUUGUUCAUUCACAUCCAUACUUGGUUUCUCUGUAUCUAUCCACAAGCAACAAAUACUUAAAUGUGUGAUCUUACAAGGACAUUUUUUGUUUAUUUGUUUAAAAAACUACUGAGAAUCAGAUUUAGGCAAUUGGCAUCACAGAACCAGGAGGUUUGGGUUUACGAGAGAUUUAUAAAACUUCACAAGCCAGGACACAUGCCACAAUUGGCCAACAGAAUGGCAUCCCUCCUGUCAAUUUAUGCAGUUCCUAGAAUCCUCACCAGUCAAGUCCGAGGUCGGGAUCUGGAGUUAUAAAAUACAGCAUUUCUGACCUAAAACUGUUCUUUUUGCAGAUGAAUGUGAUUUCAACUCAGGACCUGUCCAAAUUAGGAAUUUUUAAUGUUUGGGAUUUUUUUUCUAUUUUUAGACAUCUAAUUCUAUAGAUUCUAUCUUUUUCUAACCUCCUCUAGGCAUGCCAAAUGCUGGCAAAAAGAAUUGCUUUUUGAAUGUUGAAGUUCUGGUAAAAAUAAAGCAGUGAGCAAAAUCCUUUUAAACACAGAAAUCCUGAGUUCAUCUUGUUGGUGGGCUCAGGCAAUUCUGUAGCAAAUAAAUCCUUUGACAGAGCUCCAAAUUGGUUUCUUUAUCCUUUCAAAGCCUCAGGGAUUUGGGAUAGGGGAAAGAGGUCAAAUUACUUUUUAUAAGAAGGGAAUCUAAAAACCAUUUCUCCUAAGCAAAUGGUAGAUUUGCUUUCUCUCAGGGAUAUUUGUCUUUUUAGAAGUAUAUGAAUUUAUCAUCAAUAUCUGAGUAGGUUUUUUACCAUGAAAAGGAAAAACCUGGAAAGCUAAGAGGUGUCUUUUGUUUUCCCUCAUGGGACCCCAGGGUCCACACUGCACAGUUAGGAGAAUCAUUUAUUAAAUUGUAUGUAAAUUUUGCC